GCUAACUGAAGUCUCUGCAAUGCACGGAACAAGUCGGUUUGAGGAGAUCUUGUUUUCGACACAGACACAAAAGUAAAAGAGCAAAAAUCAACAAAAGGAUGGCCUUUAGGUAAGUCAACAAUCAAUCAAUCGAUCGACCUGUACCUACUUUCGACCAAGCGCACGGAAACAAAAGACAGGUGAACCGCGUCUGGUGUCUGUCUGUCUUUGCGCUUAGCGUGACUGAGAGGCUAGAGGUCAGAGCCAAAAUGGCGCCAUUCUUUUUUUUUUUUUUUUCUAUUAUAGCAGCGCCUGUGUUGCAUCCGCCCGCCCCCAAGGAGACCCAUGGAUACUGCAGGGUACUUGUUGGUUCUUUACUAGCGGCUAGCGGGUCCCUUUCGGCGGGUGGUCCAGCAAUAGGCACCACGUACGCACAAUGCUACUGCACCCAGUUGGUGUUGACCGGUAGCGGGUGUGGUAACGAUACACUAGGAUCGGGUAGACCGUCACGAUUAGGAAGUCGCCACCCGGUCGGUGUUGAUCAAAAGGACUUUGUUCUCUUUGCCGAUGCGAUAGAGUCCCCGCCAGCGCCAGUGGAGUGA